AGAUAAAUUCUUGGCUUAAAACUUGAUUGUCCAAAGUCCACCUCAUUUCCUGUUAAAGGUUUCUUCUGUUGCAGAGCUGGCAGCAAGGAAGGACUGCUUGUGCCUCGGGCACAGAUUUGAUGUGCAAUUCUCUAUUGAAAAUACAGGCUUAACCAGUCUCUUAUUACUUGCUCCCACUGGGAGCAAGUAAAACGCCAAAUCUUUUGAAUAGCCACAUUAUGAACCAUAUCAAGGAAUUACUCUGAUUGGAACUCUUUCCCCUAUGUUAUUUUUCAAAGAGUUCAUUGUGGAGCCCCAAGACCAGCUCUGUUGUUGCAGUUUUUGUAGCAUCAGAGCAGGAUGAUUAAGCAAGAAUGGAACUGCUUAAGAAACAUCCUGUGGCUGCCUAAAGCUGAAAUGACACACAAAUCUAACAUGAUACAUUAAGUCAUGUCACUGUAUGUGGUUCUGUCUGUUGACUUUGAGGAGAGGAGUAAAUUCUGGCAGGAGUACAGGAGGAACUGCUGAGAAAGGGUCAUAUGGUAAAUUAUUGCAGCAUUUGCCUCAAGAUCAUCACUUUCAUUUUGGGCUGUCUUCUCCAGCAUUGGACAGGUCCUUGGAGUGCCUCCACUCCUUCAUUUGGUUUGACAGUCCAGUAAAAGAUAAGACCAGUCACGCUUUCCAGAGAUCAAAGAAACUGAAGAUUUCAGCAGAGAAGAUGCAGAAGUACAGGACACAGCUGCUGCAGCGCUUGGUGGAGUCGCUUUAUCCUCGUCCUGGAUGGGUUGAAUUAGAUCCUGAAGUGCUGUGGAGUCAAUUUGUUGGUGUAAUAAAAGAGGCUGUACAAACUGCAGGGCUUCACAUGGGGCAAAUUGCUGGUCUUGGCAUCUCCACACAGAGAGGAACUUUCAUUACAUGGCACAAGAGGACAGGGAAACCUUUUCAUAAUUUCAUAAGUUGGCAAGACAUAAGAAGUGCUGAACUUGUGCGUUCCUGGAAUAAGUCCCUUCUGCUGAAGGUAAUCCACGUUAUUUUUACAGUGCUUCAUUUCUUGACUGGGAACGAUCGAUAUUUGGCACCAAGUUUUCUUACUUUUUCAACACAACAAACUUCUAUGAAGUUGUCAUGGGUUUUUAAAAACAUACCUGAGGCUGAAGAAGCUGCCAAAAAAAACAACUGCUGCUUUGGGACAAUUGACACAUGGCUACUGUAUAGAUUGACUAAAGGUUCUGUGUAUGCUACAGAUUACUCCAGUGCCAGUUCUACAGGCAUUUUUGAACCCUUUACGAAAUGUUGGAGCCCCACUUUAUGUAAUCUACUUUCUCUUCCAAAGUCUAUUUAUCCACCAGUGGAAGACACAAGCUUCAACUUCGGAUCAACUGACUCUGAAAUAUUUGGGGUACCUAUUCCAAUAAUGGCACUGGUAGCUGAUCAGCAGUCAGCAAUGUUUGGAGAAUGCUGCUUCCACCCAGGAGAUGUUAAACUGACAAUGGGAACAGGCGGUUUCUGGAAUGUGAAUACUGGAGAGCGUCUCUUUGCAUCACACAGAAGUCUUUAUCCACUGAUUGGUUGGAAGAUUGGGAAAGAAGUUGUUUACUUAACUGAAGGCACUAUAUCGGACAUCGGCGCUGCCAUAAAAUGGGCUCAGGAUAUAGAUCUUUUCACCAAUGUAGAUGAAACAGCAGAAAUGGCACAGAGUGUUGCUGAUUCUCAAGGCGUUUGUUUCAUUCCAGGUCUUCAGGUUUCUGUGGAUGGCACAUAUUUAUGUGCCUCUUUCAUGGGGCUGAAGCCUUCCACUACCAGAAACCAUCUUGUACGAGCUAUACUGGAAUCUGUAGCUUUCAGAAACAAACUGCUUUAUGAUACCAUUGUGAAGAAGGUGCACAUUCCUCUUCAAACCAUUCGAGCUGAUGGAGGUGUCAGUAAUAAUAGUUUUGUUAUGCAGAUGACUUCAGAUUUAAUUAAUAAGAAAAUAGAAAAACCUGCAAAUGCAGAUAUGUCUAGUCUUGGUGCAGCUUUUCUAGCAGGCCUUGCUUCAGGAUUUUGGACUGACAAAGAACAACUAAAGAAGCUAAGGAGAAUAGAAGCAGUGUUUGAGCCCCAAAAGGACUCAGAGGAAUACAGACCUGCUAUGGAUACCUGGCUACAAGCAAUGAAGCACUCCCUGCCCUGGUAGAAAUUGGCAUUUUAAUUAUAGAAGAAUUAAGAUGUUUUAAUUCAUAUUUAUAACAUCUUGACAUUAACAGGACGGUGAAAACCAUAACUGGAAUUCGUGAUGGUAUCUAUACGAGUUAUGUGGUACUUGGUUACCCCCCUGCUGCUGGAUUACUUACACACUGUAAUGACCCUUCCCAUCGCCCCUGUGACAGCUGUGGUCCAGCUGCAGCAUUGGUGUCCCUUCCAUGACCUCCUCCGGGUGGCCCAGCUGCUGGAAUCCUACCAUGUACUGCACAGGGGGUGUUCUUCCUAUGAUGGGUUUUCUCCUGAGGAGCUCACCUCCCUUUGGAUCUUUAAAAUCUUUGGUAUGCUAAUCAUCAAGGAAGGGUAAAAGGCACAUACACUCCCCUAGGCAUUGCUGAGAAACUUAAAAUGAUUGUUGGGGGUGGAUUGUGAUGAACUCAAUUGCGAAGAAAGGCAUUUUAUUGAUAGUAGCCUGUUACCAACUUCUGGCUGACAUUCUAAGAAAACAUUUGGCCCAGCUCUGUGAUGACACUUCUGUGCACUAAAUUAAGAUGAAAUACAAAAGCAAAUAGGCUUUCAGCACUCCAUUUAAAAAAAAAAAUCCAGGAAUUUUGUAGCUAUUGUUCCUAUCUGGCUUGUAGCUCACUUUUUUUAAAAUUUUAUAAAGACCAAAAGCAAUCUUACCUAGCCUGGCCAACCCAUAUACAUUAAAAAUACUUCCAGGUAUGCUAUCUAACUUGUAGAUAUUUGUACCAUUAAUAUUUUCAAGGCCAUUCUUAAAUCCUAUUAUUAUUAUUAGCUAAAAGGGAGUCAAAAGUCUAUUUUUGAAGCUAUAAAUUACUUUUGUAUUUUUUAAACAAAUAAAUUCUAAUUAAA